AGUUAAACAAAAACAAUUUCGCAACUUUUCUCUUGUUUUUCCGAGGUUUUCCGCGAUCUAGAAGUGCGCGUCAGUCUAUCGCUAUCUGAAAUCCCGUAAAACUGGAGAAGUGGAAGAGAACGCGCAGUUCCACCAAGAAGAUGGGCGAGCGAGGGGGCGGUGGGGGUGGCCCCACAGGGGGUGGAUCCUCAUCUACAGGCAACAACAACAACAACACAUCAGCUGCUGGAAAUAGCGCCGCCACUGGAAGUACCGUUGCAGCGGCUGCUGCUUCCUCUUCUCCAGCGGCGCCUGUUGAUAAGCCCACGAUUUUGGAAGGGGUUCUCCACAACAUCUUCGAUGGGCUGACGGACAAGGAGGAGCAGGUGCGGGUGGCCAUGCAGCAGGCGAUCGUGAAGAUCCUGGAGACGCAUCCUGAGCGGGCGGCGGAGAUCCUCAGCGAGCACCGAACGCAGCAGCCCAAGAUGACCGAGCAGACGGUGGCCAUGUUGCUGGACUGCAUUCGUCGAGUGGUGGGUGCGGAAACUCCCCUUCCGCCGGCCGCCAACCAGAAACUUAUUGCCCUGGCCCUGCAGGAACUCACCAGGAGUCCGGAGCACGUUCCCCUGAUACAGAAUCCCGCCCAGCGCAUUCUGGUGGCCAUCGGACGCAGCAGCCCGGAGAGCUGUGAACAGGUUAUGGAGGCUCUCCAGGAGAAGGGCUCGAAUGCCGAUGGUGUGGCCCACUUUAUGCUGAUGCAGUGCCUCGGACUGCUGGCCACCGAGAAUCCGGCUGGCGUAGUGCCCCACAUAAAGGCCAUAUUGAGCCGAUGUCAGCCGCAUCUGGGUGGAAUUCGCCAGGAUCACAUUAAGCAAGCACAUGCCUAUGCCAUCGGUAGAUUCAGCGAGGCCUUGCUGGAGGAGUGCGGCAAGGGGGAGGAGGAGAACUGCUCCACGGAGAUCAGUGUGGCCUACGACGUGCUCUUCAACCAGUGGCUGCACUCCCGGGAGCCCAAAGUGUGCGUGGAGAUACUGCAGGCUCUGUCCAGCAUGUAUCCCCUGCUGCCCAAGGAUCGGAUUCAGGAUCAGGCAGCCAGAUUGGUGCCCCAGAUCCUCGCACUCUACCGACGCUCAGUGGACAGGAAUGCGGUUACCCAGUUCCUGUGCUCCGUGCUGAAAACAAAUCUAACCCUCAAUGCCACCGUUUUGGAUGGCAUUAUCGAUGCCCUGGUCACCCAUUUGUUCGAUCUGGUCUGCGUUUAUCCGGACUACGAGAAGCCCCAGACCGUCAAGGGUCACUACGAGGUGCUGCGCUGCUUCCACCUGCUGGCCGGACAUCAUCCCUACUCCACCCGCAUCAUGGACACCCUGCUGAUUCAUCUGCGGAAUAACAGCGAACGCGAGCGGAUGAAAUCCCUGCUGAUACUCACCCAUCUGCUCAACUCCUGUGCGGGCAACAUAGAGAACCGCAUUCCGGCCAGCAUUGAGUGCCUGAAGCAACUGAUCCUGAGUGAAAAGGGCAUCAAAAUGAAGCUCACCCUGUUGAAAACGAUUGUGGCACUGGCCCAAAAGUCCCAUAUACGGGACAAGGAGUUCGUGUGGUUCGUGGUGCGGCACAGUUGCAGGUACUCCAAGCCGAGCCAAGAGCACGGCAGCCAGGAGGAGCACGAGAAUCUUGUCCUCAGCUGCGAGAACACCCUGUACAUGCUGGCCUCCACGGUGGGCACCUUGGACGAGCUGCUCAAGCGGGAGCUACUGAACUACUUAAUCCUGCUGGACUACACGGAUAUUUGCGGAAAUCUAGCCAAGUGCCUGGCCAGUCUGUUUGCCAAGUCGCCGCAUAUAGAGUAUGAUAUUGCGGGCGAAGAUGCGGCCGCGGAACAGGCCACACCAGAAGCUGUUUCCCUGGGAGCCACUGGUGAAGAUCGCAGUGUGAUCAAGCGCGGGAAGGUGAUUGUCCCCGGAGCGGAGACAAUUUACGCCAGGUGUCUGGCACUUUUGGGCAACCAGCAGUGCAUUAAACGCUGCUCGAAUGUCCUCAGUUUCCUGCGCUACUAUCAUCCCCAGGUGAACCCCGCCCUGGAAGAGCUGUGGGAGCGAAGGAUUCCCGAUCUUCUACUGCAAAUCAACAGGGAAAGUGCCUAUCGGCAGCUGCUGCACGAUUUUAUACUGGAAACGAAUGAGUUCUUAGGCGGAUUGGAUGAGAACUUUGCCCAGCGGCUGGCCAGUAAGUUGGCGGACCAGAUGUACUUGUAUCCCAUACAGUUGCCGCACUCCGAGUGGCAACUGCCCGACCUAAGCUCCGAGCGGGGCAUGCUGCUCCAGGCGGUGGCCCUAACCCUGCUCCAGGUGACCGAUGUGGCAUGCAUCCACACCAAGAUCGAUCUCAUUGUGACGAGUGCCAGGCAGGAGAGAUUGGACAAGCAUGUCAAGCAUGCUGACUACGAGAAGCGAAUAGAACCCUGCGCCACAGCCCUGGGCUACAUAUCCAGGCAGCACUUGGGUCACCUGGUCAAGAAACUAACCGAACUGGCCCAAGUGGGGGGACGGAAACACUCCACGGGCUUCUUCAGCAACCUGCACUUCAUCAAGGACACGCACAAGGAGCUAGAGAACUACAAGAGCAACCUGCUGGUGGUCAUGGCCUUUGGUCGCAUCAUGGACGAAGCCGAUCCGCUGCAGUCCAUCCAGCACCUGGACGAAGAUGACACCAUGCUGGGCUUCCUCAUCCAACAGCUGGCCGUGCACAAGGACCAAACGAUCAUGUCGGCCAUCCUGCAGACGCUGCUCAGCAUCUGCAACCAGUUGAUCGCCACCAAGGAGCAGCUGCCAGCUCCUCUGCGGCACCGCAAGCAAAUCAUGGAGACAGUGUUCAACAUCCCCAUUGAGGCGCCCUUCAACGACCUUCCUCUACUGCCCACAAUCCUCAAACUUGGCACAGACUUUAUAAGAAUAGGUGGUCCCGAUACCGAGGAGUGUGUGGAUGGCGGCGUGAUCUUUGAGAUCGCCUGCCGCAACUUCUUCGGCUGCGCCCAGCAGUUAAAAAUGAAGUUCGACUCGCAGGAGGAGGAUGAGCGCAACAGCUUCCUGGCCAAGCACCUCAACGAAUCGCUACCCCAGCUGAACGCCCUGGUGCGUGCCAUCGUCGAGUUGGACGCCUCGCCGGCCACAUUGGACUUGAUCAUUGGCAUCCUGGAGGGCUGGACACGGGAUCGCAACUCCGAGGUGCGAAUCUGCGCCAGCCACGUUUUCAACAACACCUUGGAGGUGUACAUCAAGGCGAUGAAAAUUGGCUGCGAGGCCCCGUCUAAGUUCAAUCAGACGGGUCAGAUGCUGGGCAAGAUCGUGCCCAGGUGCAUCGACUCAAACGGCACGGUGCGUCAGGUGUCCGUGGAUAUACUGCAAAAGACGCUGGAGAUCGCGUGCAUCUACGAGACGCUGACGAUAGCCAGCAUCGACAGCACCGCCGACUGGCUAAAGGAGAUCGAGGUCAUCAAGGAGCACAUCAUCACCGACGAGCCCAAGCAGAUCUACAACCUAGCCGGCGACAUUGCCAAGAUCAUUGCGCUGCGCAUCUCCAGCUUUCAGUAUCUGCAGUUCUGUAAAACCCUGCUGCUAUCGCUGCGUGAUCCCGAGCAGAGUUCCACCAUCGGGGCCAGUGUUGUGCUCAAGUUUUUCAUCCAGCAAAAGGGUUCGGAGCUCUUCCACGCCAUUCCCGACCUGGUGCGCGACAGUUUGGUAGCCCUGCGGGUCUGCGAGGUGCCCCGGGCCAAGUCCGGAGUACUCAAGGCCCUGGUGGCCCUCACCAAGCACCAUCCCAAGCUGGUUUGCGCCGAAAUGCUGGCCCAGCCGCUGCCGUACGAUCCCAACCUGGUGGAGUACUGGCACCUGGUCUGCAACGAUCCCGAGCUGACGGGCCUGACGCUGGACAACUUCCUGCAGCUGCUGAGUGGCGCUUCUCUGCAGGAGGGUGGUCAGGAGGCCUCCGUGUCGGAGCGUCAGAAGCUGGCCAGCAGUCAGCCGUUUGCUAUAUUCUGCGCCCUGCACGAGAUGCUGCCCUGCAAGGACAUCAAGGGGCAACUGGAGACACGAUUUGCGGACAUGUUCUGCAUGCUGCUGACCUCCCUGAGCAGCUACACCAAUCUGGCCGCCCCGAAUUCAUCAAUCGCAUCUCUUAGUCCACACCAGACGCAUUCGGGCCGGACCAAGUUUGGAUUCAUACCGAACAAGGAGCUGAUCAAGCUCAAUCCCUGCCAAAUAGCCCUAGAAACGUUUCAGGCCUUUCUCACCAACCUGGAAAUGGAGCAGAUUGCCAGCGUGCUGACUGUGAACAUCGGACUGGCGAGCAGCGCGGACUGGCACAACUACAUCGAACUGCUGACCCCCAUGGCCAUCGGUUUGGGCCAGCAGCUGCAGCUGGGCAGUCCGCAGAUGAGGCAGCUGGUCAACUCGCUAAGCAAAUACGUGGCCUCGCCGCAUGACGGGCAAAGGGUGGCCGCCGUGGGCCUCUUCUCCCGCCUGGUGCCACUGAAACCCACUGGAGAGCUGGCUGCAUCCAUUCUACUUCACCUCGGAGCGGCUCUGUCGGAUCCCAAUGCGGUGGUGCGUGGUCUCAGCAUCCAGGGCAUGGGUUACGUGGGCCAAUUGGGGGAAAAGGAGGCAAAGCGCUACUCGGAAACUGCCAUUGGAGCCUUGCUGAAGGGCGUCGACGAUCCGGUGGGCGAUUGCCUGAUCAACAUUCCGCUGGAGAGCAUGCGCGGCCUGUCCGGAAUCCUGCGGGCCCUGCCCAGCGAACGGGUAGAGUCCUUCCACGUCUCCCUGGCCAUCCGCAUUCGACCCUUCCUGGGCAACUAUGCGCUGGAGAUGCGCGAGGCGGCCAUCCAACUGUUUGGUGACAUCUGCGAGGGCAAGCACGACGAUGGCAGUAGCUCGCCCACUUCCUCCAUGGAAGCGUUGAGAGAGCAGCUCGUGGCCAAUCUCUUUCCACUGCUGCUCCAUCUCAGCGAAAGCGAGGCAGCCAUUGUGUCGGCCUGCCGGGGAACUCUGCAGCGGGUUUGCCGCCUCCUGGCCGCUCCAAAAGUGGCGGAGAUGGCCCAAGAGCAAUUGGGCGAAGAGCGAGGCCACCAGCUCAACUACAGCAGCUUCGUGCUGGAGUUCGUCAAGAUGAUUGCCCAAGAGCUGACCGAGCACAUCCAGGACUUCAUCGACUCGUGCCUGCCGCAGCUGCGUAGUCAGUGGCCGGAGAUGCGUGGCAGUGCGGCCAUCGUGAUUGGCAUCCUGCACAACUUCCUCAGCGAGCGGAACCUGCAAACGGAGACGGUGGCCAGCAAGAUCGCCGUGCUGCUCAAGGACGAACAGGCGCUGGUGAGGAUGCGGGCGGCCACCGCCCUGGGAUACUUCUUUGGCGACAUCUAGGCCAUCUGGGGGACCAACUCUCGAUUAAGUGUAUAGUGCGGUUAUAUUGUGUGUUUGUAAAUUAUGACUUAGUAUUGCUCCAAGUGUGAUCCCUUUGCCUCAGCAACCGUUCCCCAUAUUAUGUUUGAUAUCUAACUCUUUGUUUUUUUGUUAUGUAAUCGAAAGUCACGUUAUAUACCAUACUAUAUACUAUAUAUAGGUAUACACAUACCAUUAUUUAUAUAUUUAUAUUCAAGUUUAUGCGGAGCGCUUUGCAGCUUUAAGGCAGUUGUAAGUGAUAGGAAAUCGUAUUCUAUAGAAGACUUGGUUACAGACAAUAAUCUCUUUGGUAUACCGAGUCUAUUCAAAGAUAUCUCGGCUUUUUGAGGUUUAUUAUAGAUAAAAACACUAUGAUUCCACAGAAAAUAUGUGAUUUGACUUGUUCUUUUGUCUAAAUUUGUUCUAAUAGUAUUUUAAAAUAAAUAUCUAUAAUCAAAACUUUUAGUUGCAAACAAUUGUUGGACCAAUUUUAAGAAAGAAAUUAAAUUAUUAGGGAUUUUUGUGAAAAUUGUUCAAUUACCUUAAAGGUGUAAAACGCUCUGCGCAUUUCAAUCGAAUGUGGAAAAGAGAUGGAAAUGGGGAUGUGGUUAGAAAGAUCCGAGUUCUUUACAACUUUUUUUUCGAUUCAAAGUCAAUUACCUAACACGUUAAAGAGAAUUUUUUUUUGCUCCACAUCCUCACCCCUGCGGAUUCAUCUCAAUCCACCACCAUUGAUGGAUGCCAAACUAUGGUUGUCCUGUUUAACUGUGUAUUAACGCUUAAAAAAACCAAAUCAAAUAAAAUAUUACAAUGAAAACGUA